AGGGUGGGGACGGUUUGCAUGGUUUUGCGGGGGGGAGACGCCAUACCCGUCCAUGCACCCACCAUAGUGCAGCGAGCUGCAUGGAACAAGUGCAUCGCGUUCUCGUCCUGUAAAUAGUCAACCGGUCUCGGUGGCGUCGCUUCUUCAAGUAAUCUCUUUUUCCGUCACCUCUGGUCUUGAGUCGCGCCCCUGUGCAAUAUUGGAUACUUACCUGGCUCAUAAGUGCGAUGGUGCGGACGGUGCGCCGGACAGCGGAUCAUCAGUGAAUUAUGAAAGAGAAACAUCGUGGCAGAUUGUCACGGACCUAAGUGGCGUGUUGUGUGGCGAGUGGGACAGAGUGGGACAGAGUGUCGAGGUCUCAGUAUGACCGGCCCGGGACAGCAUAUGUAACCUAGUGACAGUUCGCGACAGUACGGGGUAGCGUUUACCCCUAAAGACAAAAACGACCCAGAUGCAGUAAACCACUAAGCAACCACCCUACAGGCUCCAAACCCUUCCCUUUACAUACCAUCCCUUCCUACAAAUAUAUCGGGCCCUUAAUCCAACUGUUCAGUAAGCACUCCACACGGCAUCCUUCCACAAUCAUCAACAACAAAAAGUUCCCCCUAAAUUCAAAAACAAAACGGUUACUCGGUGUUCUAAAGUUGUCAAAAGUAUAUGUUUUAUGAAAAUACUCCAUGUGCCUCGAAUAUUUAGAAAGAGUUUAAAAUUUUAAAGUAUUUUCCGAACGUCCGAAGUUUAGUGUUGUUAAUUUUAAGGCCUACUUUACAAACAAAAUCGUGUUAUUGUGGAAACUGUAUUUUGAACCGUACGUUUAAGAUUAGUUAUAGGCUACUUGUGAUACAACGGUUGUGAUAUUUUUCUAAGUUACGUACUCGAACUAUGAACAUAGUAUUGUUAAGUGUCUGCCACAAGUGUUUGCUGUUUCUUCACUCGCUGAUCCAGCAUUCUCUACCUCUGACGAGAGCGUGAGCGCCGUCCGUCGGAGUGUGGACAGCCAGACUGUGUAGUGCGCGCUAUUGACAAUCAGUGCAGUUCCAUAUGUUCCUAUAGACUGUGUGUCCGAACACAGAAUCAGUACAAAGCCGGGGAGACUCCCGUAGUUCGCCAGUGUCAGGGACGGCCUCCACCACGAUAUCCACUCCGUUGGACCUGAGAGCCUCGCCAGGGGAAGACCCCGGAGAGGGCGGUCCCAUGUCGGCCGACAUACAGCAACCCGUGCUGAUCCAGCGGCCGGUCUUCAAGAUGAACCCAGCGGCGGACUUCUGGCAUCAGGCGCGAGGACCUCCGCCUAUCUCGCCGACCGACGGCCACAACAACAACAAUAAUAACAGUAGUAGCAACAACAAUAACAGCAUGUCCUCACCGCCGCUGCACCACCAGCAACACUCGCAACUGCUGCAACAGAUGCAGCAGCACCAACAACAAUACCAGCAACAAGCCCAACAAGCCCAGCAGAACCAACAGAAUCAACAGAACCAACAACAACAACAAGCCGCCCAACAACAGAACAACAUGCAGCCGCCACCACCGGGUGCCGAGGGGCAGAGUCCUGGGACCCCCAGCAUCGCUCCGCCACAGACACCCGAGCCUCCGCAGGACGCCAACCUACAUUCGCCCUCUGGCGGACCUUCCAACGCCCUGGCGCUCCUACCAGAGGCCAAGAUGAUGAACGAUAAAUUAGCCACCGAAUUUCAGAACCGACCCAAUAGCGCCAUAAGCGACCGAACACUAGAAGAAUGUUGGUCUACCCUCCAACGAGUGAGUCAAACUUGGAAUCUUCUAAGUGGCAUCCUCAACAAGAUGCCCGAUGACACCCUACUGGCGCAGAUCUUCAUGCACAAGUCAGCCAUGCAGAUGAGAGAGUUCCAAGGCCGGGCUCCGGAGGUAAACAAGCCACACCAGUGUCAGCAGUGUCUGAAGAGCUUCAGCAGCAACCAUCAGCUGGUGCAGCACAUCAGGGUACACACGGGGGAGAAACCAUACAAGUGUUCCUACUGCGAAAGACGGUUCAAACAACUCAGCCACGUACAGCAACACACGAGAUUGCAUACAGGCGAGAGGCCUUACCGAUGCCACCUUGCCGAGUGUGGGAGAGCCUUCAUCCAACUGUCGAAUCUUCAACAGCAUCUUCGGAACCACGACGCCCAGGUGGAGAGAGCCAAAAACCGACCUUUCCAUUGCACCAUCUGUGGGAAGGGCUUCGCCACCGAGUCUAGCCUGCGAACUCACACUACUAAGUGCCCGAUUCUAAAAGUCGAGCCCUACUACCUGCCUUACUACUUACCGAUGCGACUACCGUCUCCUACCACCUCUGCCACGUCAGCUAAGACGGAGUCAGCCUCCGCCCCUUCGGGUGCUACCCCGGAGGGUAGGGACGCCCCCAAAAAAGAGGAGGCUGAGCUGCGGGUUGAUGUGAUGCAGCAUCACGCGGCGCUGAUAGGAGGUCCUAACGCCACUUCUUGCCCAAUCUGUCACAAACUGUUCCUGGGAGGAGAAGCCCUCAUGGAGCACAUGAAGAACACGCAUAAAGACGCCAACAACACUGGAGUGCCCAAUGUGCCAGUUCCCUACAUCGCCAAGCGACGGACGGCUAACCAUCCUUGUCCUGUCUGUGGGAAACAUUACGUCAACGAAGGCAGUCUUCGCAAACAUCUCGCCUGUCAUCCAGAGACCGCCCAGUUCGCAACGUCGCUGAGGAUGUGGCCAUGCUCCGUGUGCCAGGCCGUCUUCACCCAUGAAGCUGGUCUCCUAUCGCACAUGGAGCACAUGAGAAUGGACCCUAAGCACCAGUUUGCAGCGCAGUACGUCCUGUCUCGAGCCGCAGCAGAGCGCAGGGAGAGAGAGAGUCUGCUAGCAGCUGCAGCAGCUGCUGGGGCCGGUAUGGGUCUCAACUUGAAUGUUGGAGGAGGCCAGAGUUCAAUGUGUGCUUCUCCUUCUGCUAACAGUGACAGUAGCAGUAACGGCGGAGGUGAAGGUCGCCUCAGCAGCGCCGGCAGCGAAGCAGGUGCCAGCUCUCUGCUGCUGCACAACAACAAUAACAACAACACCACCGCAUCGGCCAAGCUGGCUGAGCUGAUGGCUGGAAGAUCAGCAGGUAGUAACGGCCAUCACUACAUGAACCAGUCUGGCCAACAAUACAACCCGGAGGAGUUGCAGAGAGCAGCAUCUGCGCUGAUUGCGCAGCAACAACAACAGCAGAACGCAGCGGGCAACGGAGGUGACAGCCAGAACAACGCAGCAGCAGUGGUGCAAGCUGCCGCAGCAAACUUGGCAGCAGCGAUGCGCAUGACCUCCACCAACCAACAGAACUCACAACAAAGCAUGCACAGUAUGUCUGUUGACUACAGUAAUGGACCUGUCAACACAAGCAGUGCAGAGUCCAUGAAUUCCGCCGUACAGCUGAUGAAUGCCGCAGCUGCUGUGAGAGCAUCCAUGUCGUCCAUGGUCGUGGACGCCUCCAUGAACCAUCACCAGGGAAGUCAUCAGUCGAGUCUGCAGCAACCGCAGGCUUCCUCCUCACCCACGCUCAGGAUGCAAGAAGCUAUCUUAAGAUCUCAAGCAGAGGCAGCUCUGAGGUUGGCUGUGACCCAGGCAGUGGUAGCGUCCACGUCACAAGGUGGAGACAACCCAGCACUGAGAGGUCACCACGGACAGGUGGGGGGUGGCUACCAGCAUCACCAGGGCCAAGUCUCCCCCGACCUCACGGAGGCACUUAGACUGCAGGAGCAGAGGUUGGAGCAGGCCUUGCGACUCCACGGAGGCGACCCUCGAGCUCUGGGCUUCUCCCUCUCCACGCAGCAGCACCACAUCAAUCCAUGAGGGUUCAGCUAUUUCUGAAACGGAAGCGAAUCCUACGACCCUCUGCAAAGCUUCCUGGACUCUAUUUAACUAGUUCGACGGCUUUCACAGAGACGUGUGUGAAAGUGGGACGUUCACAGUGCUUUGUACUCCGCACCUGACGUUAGUGAUGCUUUGCACUGACGCCUGUAUAGUUUGUCUAGGUAAUUGUAUCGAUAGUUAUGUACAGCGUAAAGCCCGAACAGACUGUUGUAGUGACUCCGACACCGCGAGCCCGGUGUUGUGAUGAUUUUAUAUUUGUCGACGCUGCCUGAUAUCUUUGUAACCGUUAAGGUCGUGGUACAUGUCUUCUAAAGAAAUAUUAUUUAUUUAUUGUUAGGGAGGUCGGUCACGCUUAGUUGAGAGCUGACGGUGUUAGACAUUUUUCUCCUCCGCGUCGAAGCGAAUAAAUUCAAAACCUUUCCUUUUUGGGCAUUAAUCUAUUUAGGCUUUGUAGUAAAAGAAUUUAUCGCCAGUCGGAUUCCUAACCUCAUCCUCUCUCUCAGAUGACAAUAUUUUGGUUGUUAAAGAAACAUAUCACGUUACCGAGAGAGGAACACUAUUUUUGAUCGCUUUUUACACCGGCUGGACUUGCUCGAUGUGGUUCAUAAAUGUUUACACCGUUGCUCCUCGACCGAGCCGACAGAUCGUGUUGGUGUUAAUAUUAUUGUUGAUUUAUAAAUCUGUACAUGAGAACUAUAAAGUAUGUAUCGAUGAAAUCACCUAUAUUAAAUUUUAUUCCGCGAUCUUAUUACCAGAUGACGAUUUAUUUAGUGUAUUUUUGAAAAGAUGAAAUUUAGUACCAACGACUAGAGAAUGUCUUGUUCGGUUCCUGUGUGUAAGUAUGUAUGUAAAUUAAAAAUAAAUGUACGAAUAGUGAUAAUUACCUUGUUUUAUAUGAUUAUAUUUAAACAUGAAACACAUGUGACUGAUAUAGUUUAUGAGUUAUUUUUAUUUAGUUUGUUUUUUAUGGGGUUUGCAAUCGAUAUUCAUAGUGCAGUAUAUUGUAUAUUGUUAUUGUUUAUAAAAUAAUAGAAAUGUUAUUUUGGCUGAUAUUGGUUAAUAAUUUUUGGUUAAAUGUAAAAACACCAAAAGAUAGGUAUUUUUCAAAGGAAUAGAUUCUUUUGACUAGCACACUGCAUUUAAAACUUAUCUCUUGGGCAUUUAGUAAAUAUAUUCACCGUCUUGGGGAUAUAAUAUUAUUAGAAUUAUUUUAUCCUCAGUGAAUGUACAGAAUAAUAUGCAGUGAAGUAGAACAAGGAAACUGAGUAAACUUCAUUAGUGCCUAAUAUUUUAUUGUCACUGUUUUCACUUGUGUUUUAGUGUGGAUGUUUUGUUUUAAAUUUAUUAUUUUAUUGUUGACCUUUUUGUUAUGAGCUUCAUUUCAAACUUUUGUUGUCUUAGUUUAAUGUCCUAUGUUGGCUGUGAAUUCUUGUUUGCUUUAGAUUAAAAUUUAUUGUUUUGAAACUUUACUUCUGAGAACACUGAGCUUUAAAUUGACCUAGUGUCAAACUGUUAAGUAUUCAAAACUGUUCAUUGGUGAUAAUACUUUGUAAUUGGAGUUUAAAUUUGUCAAGUUAUCAAAUCAACUAUUGGAACUGAUUACAAUAUUUCUGUGCGGCAAAACAAAUUCAUCUUGAAAAAUUAUCAGAAAACUACUUUUUAAACAUUGAAAAAUCUCUUUAGAGCUCAGAAAAUCUCUACAAAUUUUAUUACCACGAUUUAUCUAUUAGUGAUUACCAAGCAAGCUUCCUUAAUUGUUUUACAAUCGCACUUCUGUGUUUCACUGCAAAUGUUCUGUAUAUACACUAUGAUUUUAGUUUGGAGUGAAUCUGAGUGCGAAUGAGGUUGUAUAGCUCUAUGUACAUGUAUCAAUAGUCAAACAUUUCAUUUGUUAAACCGAGGCGCAGCAAGCCAUUGAUUAUGUUACGGACCGACAAUACUUAGAUGAUAUUCAAAUAUCCGUACCAAAUCCAAAGGUUACACUGCUCUUUAUUUUUUCACACUUUUGCGCUGUACAGUUGAUAACUGAUUGUGCUCUACUCGCACAUUCAGUUUGUCAUUGGGAUCAAAAAUAAGCUUAAUACGGGUUUUUUGUGAAAUUAUUAUAGGACUCAAUGUUUAUGUGAUAUUAGUUUUUUUUUCAUUUUGUUUAUUCUUAUAUAAAA